AUGUCAUCAGCUAAACUGUGGGGUGGUCGUUUUACAGGUGCCACCGAUCCUCUAAUGGACGCUUUUAAUGCUUCUAUACAUUUUGAUAAGCGUUUAUUUGAAGCUGAUAUCCUUGGAUCACAAGCUUAUGCUAAAGCUUUAGCCAAACGUGGUAUAAUUACUUCGAAUGAAUGUGAAUUAAUCGUCGAUGGCCUUAAAAAAGUUCUUGAAGAAUGGCGAACAAACACUUUCAAAAUACAACCUGCCGAUGAAGAUAUUCACACCGCAAAUGAAAGGCGUUUGGGUGAAUUUGUUGGAAGCGUUGCUGGAAAACUGCACACAGGACGCAGUAGAAAUGAUCAAGUUGCAACUGAUUUAAGAAUCUGGGCUAGAGAAGAAGCAAAAAAAUUAUUAGUCUAUGUUAAACAACUGAUCUAUGCUGCUGUUGAAAGAGCUGAAAAAGAAAUUGAUGUAUUGAUGCCAGGCUAUACUCAUUUGCAGAGAGCUCAACCUAUUCGAUGGAGCCAUUGGCUUUUGAGUUAUGCUUGGAGCUGGCAAGCCGAUGCUCAACGACUUGAACAGAUAAUCGAUCGCAUCAAUGUUCUUCCUUUGGGUAGUGGUGCAUUAGCCGGUAAUCCUUUCAAUAUUGAUCGAGAGUUUCUGGCUAAAGAACUCGGUUUCAAAAGUGUUAUUCAAAAUAGCUUAUAUGGUGUUAGUGAUCGGGAUUUCGUGGCUGAAUUACUUUUCUGGGCCUCAAUGACAAUGAUUCACAUUAGUAGAUUUUCUGAGGACUUAAUUAUUUACAGCUCUGGAGAAUUUGGCUUCGUUUCUCUCGCAGAUGCUUACAGCACUGGAAGCAGCCUUAUGCCGCAAAAGAAAAAUCCGGAUAGUUGCGAGCUAUUGCGUGGUAAAUCUGGACGUGUCUUUGGACAGUUGUCUGGCUUCCUUAUGACAUACAAAGGUAUUCCAAGUACCUAUAAUAAAGAUCUUCAAGAAGAUAAAGAGCCACUUUUUGAUGCAGUUGAAACAUUAGCUGGAUCUUUGCAAAUCACUACUGGAAUUCACCCAGAAAAUAUGAAGAAAAACUUAAGUAUUGACAUGUUGGCUACCGAUGUUGCAGACUACCUUGUACGCAAAGGGGUAUGUAGGGUUCCCUUCCGUGAAACUCAUCAUAUAGCAGGUGCUGCUGUUAAAACGGCCGAAGAUCGCAACAUUACAAUGGCUAACCUUGAACUAUCCGAUUUCAAACAACUCCAUUCCUCUUUCGAACAAGAUGUCACUGAACUUUGGGAUUAUGAAAAAUGUGUUGAAAAUAGAUCAAGUGUAGGCGGAACAAGUAGAGCAACAGUUUUAGAGCAAAUACAAAAUUUAAAAAGGUUGUUAAAUGAAAAUUAA